AUCCGUACCAUAGCAGCAGCAACGAGUGGCUCUCUCCCUCCCCUCCAAAACACAUAACCUUGACCCCCUCUCUCUCUUGUUUGCUUCGUUGUGACCAGGGGUGCGGAGUUUGGCUCUUGGCAAACGAAGAUGGCGUCGACCAGCACCGUCUCAUCCUCCUCCGCACUGUCGACGCUUGUUGUGGACGGCAAGGCCCCUCGUCAACCUCAGCCCCAGAAGAGCCAGACCCUCCUGACCUCCCUCCCCCCUCCCCCUGCUCUCCACUCUCCACCUCUCUCUUCUGCUUCCGCUUAUUGUCGUAAGAUUGCGCGCAAUGUGGCGGCUAUGGCUACUGGUGAGGCUCCUGCCGAAGUCGCCGCCGCCGAGCUCCCUGAGAUUUUCAAAUCCUCCAAAGAAGCUUGGGACAAAGUGGAAGAUAAGUAUGCCGUCAGUUCGCUGGCGGUCGCUGGUGUGGUUGCCCUCUGGGUCUCUACGGGAAUGAUCUGGGCGAUCGAUAGGGUUCCCCUGAUUCCUGGCGUUCUUGAGCUGGUGGGCAUUGGAUAUACUGGGUGGUUUGCGUACAAGAACCUUGUUUUCAAACCAGAUAGGGAAGCUCUAUUCAGGAAAAUCAAGGACAUAUAUGGUGAGGUUACUGGAAGCAGCUGAAAUGGUGGUUGCUGGCAAGAGGUGCAAUAUUCUCUGUUUCUGCAAUUGGAAUGUGCAGAGCACAUGUCGGCAUCAAGAACCUUAGACCAGAGCUAUUUCCUGUAACGUUCUUCGAGUGUUUCUUAUUAUAGUCUCCACCAAUAUCCGUAAACUAUUGGCUUUGUAAAUUCAAAGCACCCGAAAUGAUCUAGUCUUGUUGCACUGAUGUAACCGGGAAGGGCUAUCAUUAGUAAUAAGCUAUACCAUUCAUCUGA